UUUCAUAAAUCUACUGAAUAACUACCCUCUUCCUCUUUUCAAUCUCAUACAACUCCUUCCAGUUUUAGACCAACUUCUACUAGCAUAUCACGAUUUACUUUUCAACCCAGUUUGUACCGUCUCGCUGAGCAAAAUUUCACCGCCGAGCGGCUUCACGACCUUGACAGCUCAAAACAAUGUCAGCUUCCGACGCUUCAGAAGGCUCUACCAACACUGCGCCUAUGCGGCCCUCAGAAACUGCCGCUAGCUACUUUCCUAAAGAUACUACAGUGUCGACGAUAGCUCCUACGCCAUCUGCCGCUUCGACAGCUGAGACGUCAUCCGGAGACAGCCCUGUGGCUUCUUCUAACCCCCUGUCACCAAUGGAUCGGGAAUACGCGGAACCGUUACAGGAUUUCGACAUCGCACAGCAACUUUCGAAGCAGCCUGCGUACUGGUCAAUCCAAGGCUGGUUGCAGCGUAGCGCAAGCUCGGAGGCACGGCCGAUCAAAGAAGAUGCAGCCGCCAGGAGACGGAAGUUUGAGGAAGCGAAGAGAGACCUGCUGGCUUCGGCUGGACGCUUUUAACUGGCCCCUGUUGCAGUAGCCCCUGCUUGACUACUAGAACCGGAAGUUGGCAAACAGUACGACUUCAUGAGAAUGCAGCAAUGAAUGAAUGUCAUUGCCCGGGAGGCAAUGAAUAUACCCCAAGGGCGACGAUCGGUGAAAUUUCCGAAUGAUUGUUGCUGAAAAGUAUUCACAUCAGACGAUACUCCCAUAGCUUAUAUCAUCACCAACAGUAACUUUUAUAGAAUUUGAAGAUCUUAUAUCGUGAGAUGUCAAAGGUAUGACGAUAUAUAUCUCCUUAACUCGGUGACUUAGCGCAUAUCCUACAUGAGCGGGAAAAUGAGAUCUUAGGCAAUUCUCGCAGAUAGGUGUACACCAUAAACCACUGUGGCGAUGAAAGUGACGAGGUUAAAAAGUGAAGAGUAACCAUGAAUCUUAGCAAACUUCUUGUUCAGCGCUUUCAUGUCUUUGGAAUGUGUCGUUUUCUCCCAGCUCUGUUUGCCGUCUUUAACCUCUGUAUCACAUAUAAUCGUCAGCUACUAUGCAACUGACCAGAG